CUAGAAACUUCGUUGCAUGUGCGUUUUAACAACGUGUCCGAUAGGCGCUGAAAAUAAGGAACCAAUUUGACACUGAGGACUUGGCUUCCUUCGUUCGCAAUGUGACAUUAAUGAUACGAUUGCCGUAACAAAAACACGAGGGCGAGAUGUCCAGGUACGCUCGGAGGAUGGCCCAUCUGUCGGCCAGGAUUUUCGGGGAGUACACCAGAGAGAAGACCUACACGGCGACCCGCAUCAUCAACGAGUUCAAGAGUAUGCCCAAAUACAAAGAUCCGGAAAUCAUAAACUACUACCCUAAACACCCAGAGGCCUCACUUUUACUGGUCCGACUCAGGGAGCAUGGGCUAUUCAGGGAUUACCAUGCAGAUUUCAAGGAAGAAUUUGCUGCCCAGCGAGCUGCUCGAGGCAAAGGUCGAAAGAAACCAGACUCAACGACAAAAGAAUAACUCUGUAGCAUAAUCUGUAUAGUAAACUAUGGUCUGUGUUGAGAACGGUUCUUUGUUAUCAUGUGAUAAUUUGAAACUUGUUUCACGUAGCCCUCUGCUUUUCCUUUUGAACGUUUUGACUAUAAAAUAAAAUCUUACAAAUACUGAAACAACAUAAGGGGCUUCGUGUUAUAAUUAAUAGCUUGUUUCAUGUAGCCCUCUGCAUAUCCUUUUGAACGUUUUGAUUGUAAAAUAAAGGAGAUCUAUAUAA